AUUUAAAUCCAUUUUCAUUCAUCUUUCAAACGAGUUAUUCUGUCUCAAAUUAAAAACCUGAGGUAGAGUCCAUAUCGUUUUGUUUGAACUAAUCAAAUAAUUUCAUGGAUGCUUGAUUUUGUUGAAGAAUUCAUUUUGAUUUUUCGAACUAGUCCCAUUUCAUCUUUUCGAAAGAAAAAGGAAAAAUGUCAUUCACUGGGACUUUGGAUAAGUGUAAUGCUUGCGAUAAGACUGUUUAUGUCGUCGAUUUAUUAUCCGCGGAUGGCGUUUCUUAUCAUAAAUCAUGCUUCAAAUGCACUCAUUGCAAAGGGACUCUUGUGAUGAGUAACUACUCUUCCAUGGAUGGAGUUCUUUACUGCAAGCCCCAUUUCGAACAGCUAUUCAAGGAAACAGGAGAUUACAAGAAGAAUUUUCAUACAGCUCCAAGACCUGACAGGCAAAAUGAUAUGUCUAGGACUCCUAGCAAGCUCUCAUACUUGUUCUCUGGAACCCAAGACAAAUGCGCUACAUGUAAAAAAACAGCUUAUCCUCUUGAGAAGGUAACUGUGGAGGGGGAAUCUUACCAUAAGACAUGUUUCAAGUGUUCGCACGGAGGAUGUGCACUGACACCAUCAUCUUAUGCUGCUUUGAAUGGAAUCCUUUACUGCAAACAUCAUUUUGCACAAUUGUUCAAAGAGAAGGGAAGUUACAAUCAUUUAUUAAAACAAGCUUCAAUUAAGCGCAACGCUGCAUUGGCCUCUGAAUCAGAUGCAGAAGCAGAAACGUCCGCAGAGCCAGAAGGAGCAGCAGAACCAAACCAAACACAGGAACAAUAAUCGUAAACAACUGAGGAAAAUUUAAAACUUUAUAUAAUUCUUUCACAUUUUGUUUCUGUAUUAUUUUACAUUGAUUCGGACUGUCUAUUUCUUUGCAUUUGUGAACAAUAUAUAUCGUGUUUUUGUCUCAUGCCGGUAACCUCUUGUCUAUUCUAGUUUUUGCACAUUUUUUUGUGCUUUGUAAGCGUAUAUUUGAAACACAUACAUUCAUUCGUCUUUGUAAUUCAAGAUAAAAGGAAAAAUAAAAUUUGGAUUUGUAUCAA